AGAACGUGCGCGCAGGCUCGCGCAGCGACAAGCCACCGACCAUUCCGCCCUAGCCGUCCUCCCUCCCUCCCUCCUACGAAGAUCUCUUUCCAAUUAAACAAACGCUCCCCCAAAAAUCCACCUUCCCACCAGUUAACCCAUCGCCCUCCUCCAGAUCCCAACCUCCCUAAUCCGUGGCCAGCAGAAGCGGCGGCGUUUCUAGGUAGAUACAGAUAGUAAUUUAAGGGCUAAGCUGCAAACCAAGAGAUGGACAGCAAAAAGAAGAGGAACAGGAAGAAGAAGGGAAACCAAGGGAAGAAUACUGGUGAUGCGGUGACCAAUGCCGAUGAAGCUGUUCCUCACAGCCACAAUGAUGAUUUGGCUCCAAAAGAAAAUUAUAGUGGUGCUGAUGCAGAUGAUGCAGUGUCCAGUGUUGGAGAUGCAGUGUCCAGUGUUGGAGAGGGAACACAGUACCAGAAUCACGAGCAGACUCCGCAUGCAAAGCAGAAUGUUGCAAACGCUGAUGAAACCAUAUCGUCGUCUGUUGGUGAGGUGAUUCCAUGCGACGAGAAUCACGAACCUACCAUGACACAGGAGAAUCACAAGGCCAGUAAUACAGUCUAUGCCGAUCAGAUGAGCAUUGGGAUUUCAGAUUCUACCAUGGAACUUGGCAAGGACCGACUUUUUGAAUCAAAGCUUGAUAAAUUACACGAUACAAUAAAGCAAUUGGAAGAUGAGAAAGGUUUAUGGCUUCAAAAAGUGAACGAGAUGGAGAGCGAACUUGAAAAGUUGCAUAACAAAGUGGGUUAUCAUGCACAAAAUGAGGUCAUUUUGGAGGAAAAACUUAAUAAUCUACAGAAUGGGUACGAUAUGCUGGUUAAAAAGGAGGAAGUUUUGGAUAACAAAGUCAAGUGCGUAGAGGAUGUCAAUGGUGUCCUAACUCAUCAGGAGACUUCUCUUAAAGAAAGAUUAAGUUUGCUGGAGGAAACCAACAAAGCAUUACAGGAGCAGGUGAAGGUAUUGGAUGAAACUUCAAAAAGUACUGUUGAGGAAAAUCAGCGGUUGGUGGUAAGUGUGGAUGAAUUGGAGUCAAGAUUACAAACCCUUGAAGCAAAGAUUGCACUUACUGAAGCCUCCAUUACUAAAGAGGUUCCUGAAAAUGAGGUGAUGAAUCAAACAGAUCUGUCCGGUUCAUUUCUCCAUAAGCAGACCACUGAUUUUACGACCGUGAUCAGUAAAGGUAACGAACUUGCUGCUGAUAGAGGUCUGAACAGUUCGCUGGCAGUUACUUCGGACAAUAUCUACAGUCAUGUCAGCAACAUUCCUGUUGGUGCCUAUUCUAGUGAUCAUGCAGAUGAAACUUCGGUGUACGUUGCAGAAGCAACGAGCAGCAAUGGUGCUGGCCAGAGCCUCAUGAACGCAAAUGCAUGCCAAGGAUUUGAUGAACCAAGAACAAGUGGUGAAAUCGUGCCGGUUCCGUUGGAUGAUAUACUGAUUCAUGAAGAUGAUCCACAGACAGCUGAGGAGGUUCCAUUUACUGAUGCCCCCAUUGUUGGCGCACCCUUCCGGUUGAUCUCGUUUGUUGCUAGGUAUGUCAGUGGUGCAGACUUGGUGAACCAAAAGUAACUCUACAUCUGCCCAUCGGGCUGCUCGAGAUCUGUGUGCUGGAAAGAGGAGUCCUGUUUUUUGUUGCACUGACAUAGUUUUCAGUAAGCUUUUGGAACUUCUUCGUAACAUUAAGAUGGUGGCGAAUGUGUUGGACGGGUGCAUUGGAUUCUGCAGAGAUAUGGACGCUAUGGUGAUUUGUGGCGGUGCUUGCUGCCGAUAGAUUUUUCUUCCUCCCCUGUAAUUUUAUCAGGGGCGUGAGAAGUUAUUGUUCCGGAUUUAUACAAGAGGGCUUUGUCUGACCAUGUGAGAAGCUGUACUGGCCAGAUUUAUAUUAUAGUAACAUCUGAAAUGUUGGUAUGCCUUGUA